AUGCAGCCUCAGUUAAGCAGAAAACAUCUCGCUAGCUAUAUCACUGCAGUUCUGCUGUGUUGUACUUGUGCAGAUGAAAACAAGGAAGCUGUUAAAGCCAAAGAGGGAGCAACUGUCACCCUACAGACAAGAGACACCAUUCACAACAUUAACACUCAAAUAGUGUGGACUUUUGGACCUGAAAACCCAAAUAUGCGUAUUGCCACUGUGAAGAAGAGAGAGGCGAGGAGUGAUUAUGUUGAGCGCUUCAGAGACAGACUGCAGCUGGACAGUCUGACUGGAGCACUGACCAUCACACAGCUGAGAGUGACUGAUUCUGGUGUUUAUAUGUGGCAGUCCAUCAGCUCCAACAUUUUGUCCCAAAAUCUCCACCUCAGUGUCUACAGUUCUGUCACCCCUCCGUUCAUCACAGUCAACACAUCUUUGGUCAACAUGAGCUGUAGUUCAGUCAUAUUACAGUGCUCUGCAGAAAACACCAGAGAGAUGACCCUAGCGUGGUACAGAGGGAGAGACCGAGUGAAAAACAUCAGCAGUCCUGAUCUGUCCUUCAGGCUGUCGCUUCCUCUGGAGAUAGAGUCCCAUGAUGGAGACAACUACAGCUGUGUGGCUGAAAACCCUGUUGAUGAAAAGGCCACCACACUGCAUACAGAGGACACAUGUCUAAAGACAGGAGAAUCCAGCAGCUGGUGUCAGUCUGAAGUUACAGUGCGACUGGUUAUCUCUGCUGUAGUUGGCAUGACCUUGAUCAUUCUUGUGGUGGACCACAUCAGAAUCAGAAGAUGAACCUGACUGGGACCCUGAGGACCAUCUCAGUACACAUCAUCAUCCCCAGGAUAUGAAAGAUUUGGAUUCUCCAGAUGGACACAUGCUAGACAAAUGAUAUUAUGAACCAGUUAAAACACUUUUUACAUUUUAAUUUUUUUAUUUUACAUUUUUUACAUUGCAAUAUAUUUCACCACUCUGAGCUAAAAUAGUCACAAAUUUCAAUUCUUCUUCUUCCUUUAAUAAUAAUCAGAUACUUCCAACAGGCUGUACACAGUGAGGUGUAUUACUCUACGAAAGCAUGUAAUUGAUAGUUAGAUAGAAAUUUUUGUCAGAAAUGAGAGCUUAGAUAUUAGCUUGUAAUUGUUCAGAUCACUGAUACCCCCACUGUUAUAUAAGAGCAUUACAAAGGCAUAUAUCCUUGUUAAAAGAGAUUAAUUAAAGAGCC